AUGGUCGUUAUUUCACGCUUUCGGUCGCUAUGGGGCAUUGAGCCCGGCCCUAACAUGACAGGGUGGAAAAAGAGGUUGGUUGAGUACAAAGCACACGGCUAUGCUGGAAUAGAGGUCACCCUAACUGAGAUCGACCCCAAGCAUCUUCCCCUUCUACGCAGUAUUUGUGACGAGACGGGAAUGCUCAUAAACACUCUUAUAUUUUCCUCUUGGCCAGGUUAUGUUGGUCCUCGUCCUCGAGGCUUGAGUCCGGAUAUUCACCUUCAAUUCUUCCGCAAACAACUUCAACUAGCCUGGAUACUAAACCCUGUCGUUAUAAAUGCGCAAUCUGGAGCUGACUACUGGAGCUGGGACGACUCGGUUUAUUUCUAUGAAAAUGCCCUCAAAAUAGAAAGAGAUGAAGGAUUCCAGGGCAGAGUCUGCCACGAGACACACCGCAACAGGUCUCUCUUCAAUCCAUAUGUUACUGACUAUGUAUUGCAACGAGUGCCAAAACUUCAGAUCACCGCUGAUAUCUCACAUUGGGUUGUUGUCUGUGAGAGGCUUUUAGACCAAGGCGAAGAGGACCAAGAUAUUCUCACCCGUGCUAUGGCAAAUGUGCGUCAUAUUCAUGCACGGAUUGGCACAACCCAGUCUUCGCAGUGCCCAGAGCCUCUCAACCCAGCAUUCGCGGCAGAACGUCAAUUUUUCGACAAUCUCUGGGUGCGAAUUGUUAAACUGAGAGUGAAAAGUGACCCAAAUUGUCACAUUACGUGGGUUCCUGAAUAUGGGCCGUUUCCAUAUCAUCCCAUUGGCACCGCUCAAACCCAUAGUGAGCUAGCGGACAGCGAAGGAAAGCGAUUGGAAGCACUUUUUAAAAGUAGCGUUGUCUAA